UAUUGUGGGGAGUGUUUGUUGGACUAAAUAUCGGAAUACUUGUUCAUCCCGGAAAUCUCAAGAUGCAAAAAUAUUGCACUUUUGCGUUGCUUGUUGCAACCUGCAUUGGGCUAUGCAGCUCAGCAACAAAUGUUGAUAUCGAAGCUAAGGAAUUUAUAAAAGAGGCCAGUAAGAAAUACUAUGAGUUAUAUAAUCAAAUUGCGGAUGAGGUUUAUUCAUCUAUAAAAGAUGAAGAUGACUUUGAAGAAAUAUUCAACAAAAUUGAAAAUGUUAGGAAAAUUUCUGGGGGCCUCAUCGAAAUUGCGACAGAUGCAAAUAAUUUUGAUUUAAGUCAAAUUAAAAAUGAGGAAACUAAAAAAGCAGUAGAAACUCUAAAAAUGUCGAGCGAUCUUUUUGUGUUGGGAGACGAUUAUUUCGCAUCAGUUUUGUUGAAUUUAGCCGCCUUAAAAGAAUUAGCAACUGAUAAAGAUAUUGAUCCAUAUCUGGAUGGUACAAGUAGGCCUAAUAACGGCUCGUUGGCAUAUACACCAGAUAUACAAAACAUAUUUAAAAAAAGUACCGACCCUGAGGAGCUUAAAUAUUACUGGACAGCGUGGCGUGAUGCCAACUUCAUUUGGUCUUCGGUAAACUUUUUUACAAUUGUUGAUGCCAUAAAAAAAGCAGCUGAUUCCUUUGAUAUUCCAAUACACGCAUUUUGGUAUCGCUCAUUUAACACUGGAGAGAUGCUUAAAGAAAUGGAUGCUGUUAUGAAAGAUAUAAAGGAACCGUAUCAACAGCUACAUGCUUUUGUGCGUAACGAACUAAAGAAGAAAUAUGGUGGUGAUGUUAUUGAUGGAAAUGCACCAAUUCCGGCACAUCUCUUCUCACAAGUACUCGAACAAGCUUGGUAUGAGGGAAGUGUCAUCGAAAGUUAUUUUCCAUUUAAAGAACUUCCACCAUAUGACAAAUUAGUUGAGAAAUUCGAUGCUAAACAAAUGAUGGAAGAAGCAGAACGUUUUUAUCAAUCAUUAGGUUUUGAUGAACUUGAUGAAGAAUUCAAGCGAGAUCGUUUAAAGCUAAGUGAUGAUACUGAUAAUAUAAAAAAUUGUAAAGCCGAUAUAUUCGAUUUGACACCGAAAGUUUAUGUGAAAUACUGCAAUUCUGUAGAAUUCAAGAAGUUUAUGCAGAAUCAUGGUUACUUGAGUCAAGUUCAUUAUGCCAAAGAAAAAAAAAAUUUGCCUUCAUAUUAUUUUAAUUCGUAUGAUUUGGAAUAUUCCGUGGGCGAGGCUGUAAUAUUGUCAGCAAGUACUCCAAAACAUUUGACUGCCACAGGCUUGGCUAAGGACUUCGCAUUUACUGACCAAACUUUAUUUAAUCGUUUAUUCCGCAUGGGUAUCCAUACGUUAUUUAAUAUACCAAUCUACUACGUUCAUACAAGAGUUAUGCAUGACUUGUUGGGUGGUACUAUUGAAACAGAUGAAGUAAAUAAACACUAUUGGAAACUAAUGGAGGAAUAUGUUGGUGUUGAACCACCAGUAGAUCGUGAGGAAGGCGCAAUUGAUUUUACAUAUAAAUUUUUCUUGGAUAUUGAACAAAAUAUGCAAACUAAAAAAUUCGUUGGCGAAGUUCUCGGCUAUCAAUUUUAUAGCGCAUUCUGUAAAAAGGCCGGACAAGUUACAGAACUCCACAAUUGUGAUUUCUACGGAAAUCUUGCAGUUGGAAACGAUUUAAAGGCUAUGAUGGCUUUAGGAUCAUCAAAACCAUGGAAGGAAGUACUUAAAAAAGUUUUACCCUAUCCAAAAUUAAGUGGAGAUGCACUUAUUGAAUACUAUACCCCUAUAUUCAAUUGGGCUAAGAGUCAAAAUAAAGAGAGUAAAGUUAAAAUUGGUUGGAAUGCUAGCAAGAGAAAAGUACUUUGAGUUUUUGUAUAAUGUGGAAAGAAAUAACAUUUGCAAUGGAACUGUCACAGGAUAUGGAAGAAGAAAAAUCAGUUUCUUUGAAUUCUUAAAUGUUUUUGAGAUAAAAAUAAAAAAUAAUAACAUCAGAAAUAUUGAUUAAUAUAUAAAGAGAG